AUGAAGCAUCAAAGACAUCACAAGAAUGACUUAAAUUCCCAAAAACUUCUUGUUGCAGUGGAUAAGGUUACCUUCUUUUCUUCUUCUUCCUUAUCGACUGUUCAACUUGUUGAGGAUAUACAAAACCUCGAUUGCCCUACAAACAGUAUACCAGAUCACUAUUGCCACAUUUACGGUUCUUGUAAUGGGUUGGUUCUUGUUGGCAUUUUUGAUCGAUAUGAUAAACAACUUCUGUUGUGGAACCCUUCCAUGAGAGAAUCAACAGUACUUCCUCAUCCAGAAUUUGUAACAAGGUACUCUACUUUUGGAUUAGGAUAUGAUGCAACUAGUGAUGACUAUAAGGUCCUUAAGCUAGACCAAGGUUAUUCAGAUGAUAUCCAUCUCCAACCAUCCUAUGAAAUUCUCGCGUUAAAAAGUGAUUCCUGGAGAAAAAUUCGUAACUAUCCAAGUAGAAUUUCUAACACGGGAUAUACGUUGGAGAUUGAGCCUAAAUUUGAUGAGGAUCACAAUAUGGAACCUUUGGCAUUUCUAAAUGGAGCAUUUCAUUGGGUUGGUUUUUCGGGAGUUCUUUGUAUUGUUUCGUUUAGUUCUUCUUCAGAUAAUAUGGUGUUUGGAGAAAUAUCGUUGCCAGAGCCACCAACGUUCAGAAUCUACAGGUUAGGGAUGAAUUCUGAUUAUGGCGUGUCAGUAUUGGGAGGAAUGCUUUGCUUUUAUUGUACUCAUUAUCAAUGGCAGAUGGACGGCAUUUUUAAGUUGUGGAUAAUGAAAGACUACGGUGUAAAGGAAUCUUGGACCGAGAUUUUUACUCUAAAAGAGACUCGUUUUCAUUCAAUCAUACCAAAAUAUAGGUUUGCGGAUGGUGAAUUUCUACUCUGCUGCAAAUUGGAUGGUCAUUCUGUAUUUAGGACAUCCAAAGGACCAUUUGGAUUAUGGCCUCAAAUUGGUAUUCAUCGAGACGGUGUCGUUUAUACAGAAAGCUUGAUUUCUCCAAAAUCACUUCUUCAACGUGUGAUUAAUCAUGUAUGA